CGCGCCGCCCCCCGGCCCGGCCCUGAGCGGAGCGGAGCGGCUGCGAGUCGCCAUGGCCGAUUACUGGAAAUCUCAGCCAAAAAAAUUCUGCGAUUAUUGCAAGUGCUGGAUAGCAGACAACAGACCUGUUAUGUCAGAGCCAGAAACCUGCAUCCGAGGUGGUGUGUGCUGUCCUGCUUGGCAGUACAGAUAAGAACUGAAAUAUCUGACCCUGCUUUUUCUUCAGGUUCAGUAACUUAACAUUUGAUCUGUCUUGAAAUUUUAGCAUUGACUUUCACGAAAGAGGAAAGAAUCAUAAAGAAAAUGUGGCAAAAAGAAUCAGUGAGAUUAAGCAGAAAAGCUUAGACAAAGCAAAAGAAGAGGAAAACCUGUCAAAAGAAUUUGCAGCGAUGGAGGAGGCUGCAAUGAAAGCAUAUCAAGAGGAUUUGAAAAGGCUUGGAAUUAAACCAGAUGAUGUAGGUCCCAGUUCGACACAGAGUAAAACACAGAGUAACACAGUGGAAACUAAAGGAAAGAAAGAAAAGAAAGAGAAGAAGGAAAAGAAAGAAAAGAAAAAAAAGACACCUCAGGAUGCCUCAAUGCCACCAAAAACUGAAACAAAGGAGUGGGUACAAGGAUUCUCUCCCGAAGGCUAUACAUAUUACUACAACACAAAAACAGGAGAAUCACAGUGGGAGAAACCUAAAGGAUUCCGAGGCAACUCUCAAACGGCAGCAGAGUGGGUGGAAGGUGUCACUGAAGAUGGUCAUACUUAUUACUAUAACACACAAACUGGAGUAUCCACAUGGGAGAAACCGGAUGGGUUUGUUUCAUCUUCAAACGAGAAGAGUCAACGUGACAAGAAUUCUGGAGAGCUUGCAUCUGAAUCAGACUCUGAAGAUAGUGAAAAUGAAGCACAGGGUUCAGAAACAAAUUUAAAGAGGAAAGGAGAUAAUGGUGAAGAAUCAGAGGAAGGGAAAAAGUCUCUCAAAGCUAAAAAGUUAAGUCCUUAUGGAAAGUGGCGAGAAGUUAAGCCAGCAGAAACUGUUGAUAAAGAGGAGAGUACAUCAGAAACCUCAGGUGAUGCAGAUAACAAGACCAACCCUUAUGGAAAAUGGAAAGCACUUCCGGAGAAAAAGGAGGAAGAAGAAGAAGAAUCAUGCGAAAAAGUGGACCUGGAGCUUCCUAGUACAGAGAGUGAGAGUCUAGCACCUCCAGUGCUAGAGGAUGCAGAAGAUGAGACAGUGAUAUUUAAAGAGAAGACAGUCACCUCCCUUGGAGACCUGACAGAAGGAGUGCCAACAUUUAAAAAGAGGAAAUUCGAAAAUGGGAAAUCUAGAAACUUAAGACAAAGACUAAGUGACCAGUAAUCAUUUUAGAUUCUGUUCAAGAUAGAGUGAAUCAGAAGUUUAAUAUUUUAAAUAGGCUUUUAUAAAGAAAAUGUUGGGUAGCAAUUAAGAAUUUAUAGGUAUUAAAACAUAUGUGAGUUGUAAUAUUUUUUUAUUUCAUUUUGAUGUGAUUGACUUUGGAAUGGAAGUUUGUCUCAUAUUCCUUAUGCAAUAUUGUAAAUAUGUUUCUUUUUUUAUGUUAACCUUACCAUCUAGGUUCAAUUUGCUCUAUAUAUGCUGUUUUAAAUACAUUGUGUAAGGUUUUUUACUCCUUUUCAAAGUACGGGAGAAUGUAGUAAUCCUUAAUCUGGCAAAAAUGAUGCAGACCUUUUAUUUCUACAGAGAAACUGGAUCAACAGCAUCUACUAGAGAGUAAAAUCAUCCCUAAGACCGUGUAUAUGAAGUAUUUUCCCCACUAAUGCUAGGCUUACUAACCUUCAGCUAAUCACUUGCAAAAGAGUAGGUGGGGAAGAGUGCCAACAUUUCAGAUAGCUCAUUUAAAAGCUCUUGUUAGAGGAGUGAGUUACAUGACUGCCACUCAUUUCAAAUAACAUUCUGAAAGAAAUAAUUUCUGUACAUGUGUGAUAAAAGUAUUAUAUUGCUGUGGAAGAUUUAAACCUGUUGAAUCUUAACUUUUAAUAACCGCACCAGAGCCACCCCUGUUGGAGCAGAUAUUUCUGUGAUGUCGUUCUGUUGUCUUUUUGUUUUCUUAUUGUCUAUACUGGAUUUUUUCUUUGUUUUUACACGUCAUUUUUACCUGCUACCAGGUAGAGCACCAAUUUUGAGGCUGAAGGGGUUUGUCUCUUCAUAAGAGGAGCACGUUGAAUAGCUGCAGUGUUUGCUAAGCUGAGAGGGGCUAAGUGUAUUGAAGCUUCAUCAUUCUCAGUACCGUAGGAGAGGAAAACAGAAGGUAGAUAAGGAGAGCUGAUGGCUGUGCCAUCCAAGGUGGUUUGGACAUUGUCUUAAGGAUUGUAAAUUUGAUUUCUUCGCUUGGUGGGAUUGGUUUGUAUUUUGCAUCAAGGUUCAUUGGCUGUGUAAGAACAUAGCUACGCUCAUUGUGUCUCUCUAUGUCAGACAGUGGACCAUAAAGGUUCAAAUCAGAAAUCCAUUAAAAAUAUGUCUCCCCUUCUAAAAGUCACAGUGCUUUGUUCAGGAGAGUCUCAGUCAAAAACAGAGGGUGCCUUUAUGACAGUUGUCAGAGUCCAGCUACAGCAAAACAGACUUAGUAACUGCUGAGCUUAAACUUCACAGAGAAAAUUACUUGAUCUGUCAGAUCAGCAGAGAAAGGACUGCAAGACAGGGAAUCUGUCUUACCAUGUAUUACAAAGGAAGCUGAAGUCCUUUUUUCUGUUCCGUGAUGCUUUCUCUGUGUGUAAUGGAGAAUUAGGGUAUUGUAUUUAAUCCCAUGUGUGUGUUUGGCUCCAUCAAGGUGGUUGUAUUUCUUCUGAUGUUUGUUUUGAGAAAUUUGAAAGUUUCCUGUAAUAUCUAGAAUGGGAUUGUCAUUUAGAGAUGUGGGAUGUGUGCUGGAUGCUCUCAGUCGUAGAUGCAGGAAGGUACGUGUACGCCACAUGAAAAGCCUCAUGUGCAAGGCCAGAGCAGGAACAUCCUUUCUGCCAAGGAGUGGUUGUCAGGUUUCUUAAAAAACAGAUUUUUCAGGUUUUGUUCUUACUUGAGCAUUACUCCAGCCGCUGGGAGCCUACUCUAACUUGAAGCCUCCUUGUGUUUGUGACCAGUUUAUACUCACUUCCUUCCAAUUUACACAAGUAUUGCCCUUCAGCUAAGUAGCUUUUCUUCAUCUUGAAUACAUCAUGUCCUUUCUGAAUCACAUAAAGCGUCCUUGUAUGACAGGACCUUCAGUGAUCCACCAGCACUUCUCUUCAUCCAUUCCAGCCUGUGUUUGCCUAGCGCUAUGUUCAAGGAAGAUUUAAGCCAGACAUGAUGUCACUAAUACUUCCUUAGCAUAUUGGAAAUAACUCUUGAUACAUCCCGAAACCACAUUUGCCUUUCACAUGACUGUAUCAUGCUGUCUGCCCUAUGAUUUACCAAUACAACCAGCUCUUUCUGCUCCUUGACCACAGCCAACGGCCGAGUUAACAGCUGGUCAUGCUUUCCUUUCAAGAACUCUUUUUUUUCCUUACAAAUCUAUUUUAUACUGCUGUACUCAUCCUGCUGUUGCUCCAAGCCUAAAGUGUAUUCAUCUCUUUAUGAUCUCUGAGAAAUUAUUUUGUUGUUUAUGAGUACAGUUCCAUACAAUAGCUUAGGUUUCUUUGUAGGCUCCACUUUUAAUAUCCUUCGAGUUGGUCAUCUUUCCUCUUUUAGAAUUAUAGAAUCAUUAAGGUUGGAAAAGACCUCCAAGAUCAUCAUGUCCUACCGUCAGUCAUUUAGUGGGCACAUCUUUCCUUAAAAAUGUUUUGUCCCGUGGAAAUGGUGAUAGGCAGUGAUUUGAGAUCCCUGUAGCUAAAUUGCCUGAGCUGAUGUUGAAAACAUCUGAAAAUGAAAGUGUUUGAAGCAUGUUCCCUUGAGGAGCUGCUGUGGGUUAUGAUACAAACUGAAGGUCUUUGUCAAGUACUGCGUGUAACAGCCAAACCAAAACAAGUACUUGGACUAGGAAAAAAUAAGGAAAUGUUUUCUUUGGUCACUGUUAGUAAAGCUCAUUUAAAUACCAUCCGCUUGCUUUUGCUGAUGUGACUUCUACAUCCAGAAUUUCACAAGGAAGCAGAGCUUCGCUCCCUACUGCCUCACAAAGUCAUUUUGAAGAGACACCAGUUCACUCUGUCCUCGAGUGUAAAUUAUUAUAAUAAGGGCCGGUUGAAUCAAAUUGGAUCUAUCCAAAGUUUAAUUUUGCACUAUGCUGUUGAAUUCCAUAUUCUUAUUGUGUAUUUAAACCAAAUAUUUUAUCUUCUAUUCAAAAAUACUGUCUUGUGUGAGAUUUAAGGGAGAUGCUGCUUUUCCGGGACAUCUGUUCCCCACAGAUCUCUCUCCCUUCUGUGCUAUCUCCCUGAAAAAUCUGCAUUUGGAAUUUGCUGUAGGAAUCCUCUAGGUAUUCCCAGAGUUACACUCCUCGUCUGUUAAUCCUUCCUUGGGCUGCACUGGUUUCUGACAAAGGAAUGUUCUUGUUACUGUUCCAGAGGAACAGUGUUUCCAGAACAGUGUUUUGUUUCUGACUAAUCCAUUUUCUGUCAUGCAGCAUGUUUUUAUCUGCUUGCCUACUUUUGUCACAAGCUCGUUGGAUGAGGACUACAUCCUUGGUGUCAUUGACUGUCGUAGAACCUAUUAGUAGUAUGAGGAGAGUCAGGGAGAAAGGAGAGAAAUUCACAGAAAUUUCCAUUGAAUUCUUCUGUGUGGUUUUGAGCAAUUCAAUUCACUGCGCUGUCUCUUUGUUUCCUUGCUUCAUGUUUCACCUGUCUUGUCAGUUUAGAAAGAGAGCUUGGCAGUACAGAACGCUUAUCUUUGGGGUGCGUGGUUUGACACGAGGGCCCGCCUGAAGCUUGUGAUGCUUUGAGAAGCAAACAUAUUGCAGAUACUAAAAAAGAGAAGAAUGUUCUUGGGUCUGUGUAAUGCCAGAAGCUGUGCAGAAAGAUGCUCCGUUUCAGCCAGGUUCUAGAAUAGUCCUUCUUCCUAUUUAGGCAGAAACAAAUUUUAACCCUUCACCUGGGAAUUUGUAGAUUGGAAUCCCGACUUUCCCGACGGAGUAAAGUUUGCUUUUUAUUUCACCCUUCUAGAUAAAAUCUGUGCUGCAGCAUCAUCCAAUCCAAAUAUUCAGAUGGUAGAAGAUGGGAGGGCUGAUCAUGGUGUGGUUCAGAGUUAAAUUCACUUACUUAUACAUGUAUAAAAACAUUUCCCCUUCCCCCUGAAAAAGGUGUAAUUUCAGUGCAUAUUUUGGCAUCUAAGAGAAGGAGUAAAAAACUUUCAUGCUGCUUGGGUUUUUUUUUAUUUGUUUUUUGAGUUGUGCCUCCCCUUUUUAGUACUUUUAUUAUUAUUGGUGUCUUCCUCAAACCGUCUUCCUCCAAUAUUUCUACAUAUGCAAAUCUCCGUAUCGCUGCUGUGCUGCAUUUCUAGCAUCCACCUUCACCUCAUCCCCUGUUCUACUGAGAUCUUUGGAAAGCUUCACAUUGUCUCGUGUCGCCCACCGUGUCUCCAGAUCCCAGGUCAGGCCAAGCGCUUCUGCUGCCUGUUUGCGUCAUGCCCUGAAGUACAACCCUACCUGUUUUCAAACCCCACCCUAUUUCAAGAACCAACUACGUGUGCUCCUUGGAUUUUUAAUGAUAAUUUGUUUUCCUGUAAGAGAUCUCAUUCCAUUCCUCCUACAGGCUCUGCAGCCCUUAAGUCCUUUUGCUUGUUGGUACAAAAGCUGUCUGUGUACCUUCUGCCAUCUGCUACCCUUUGGUUCUGUUUUGUCAGCCGUAUCUCUUCAGUCUCUGUGUAUCUACCUCGUCCGUCCUUUUCCCUUCUACCCGCUAAAUUAUUUAACUUAGAGAUUGUGUUAACUGUUGGUGUGAGUAACAAAUUUAGCUUUGUGAUGUGUUUCGAGAUGUAGCUUGAAUGAAAGUUUCUGUACAAAGCAAAAAGUGUUGCAAAUCAUAAUCCGAAAAAGGCUAAAUUUGCCCGGGAUUCCCAGAGAAGGUCAGCAAACGCAGAGUUUAUUUUCCCUGGAAGAGCAGAAGUCACCUACCCUAAAACCCAGCAGACCCAGGGCUGAAGACAGUGGAUUUUAAUGGCUUGUAUAACUCAAGGUGCCGUGCAGAACAGUGGGGUGACUGAAGAGCGCUUGUUUUGAUUUCGAAGUAUUGUCUGCGAGGUGAACAGCUGGUUUCUCUCUAACAACUUCUCAGCUGCAAUUACAAAUAAAUAUCACAAGCCCUCAAAGAGAAGUUUCUAUGAAAAUACCAAAUAAAGCUUUUGUUUGAACCAUC